UUUCUCGGAUCAGUAAAAUUUCAGGCAUCUGCCUUUUUAUGUUCUUCUAUAAUGGACAAUUGUGUCUCCCUCUCAAUAUCUUCUGAUCAAUCGAUGAAAAAGAUAUGUCAAUGGCUAGACAUCCAAGUAGGUUAUGUUCACAACCUCGAGAAGAAUCUGUCGGCUUUAGAGAAAACCAUGGAAGAGCUCAGGGCUAAACUUGAUGAUUUAUCAAGAAGGGUAACAAGAGAGGAGGAUAGAGGUUUACAAAGGCUUUCUGAAUUCCAGGUAUGGCUUACUAGAGUUGAGACUUUUGAAAACGAAGCCAACAAUCUUCUUAUUGCUGGAAAUGGUCAACUUCAAAGGCUUUGUCUUCUUGGUUUUUGCUCUAAGAGUUUAAUAUUGAGUUAUCGUUAUGGCAAAAGUGUUUCCAUGACUUUAAGGGAAGUUGAAAAACUGAAUAGUAAAGUUUUCGAAGUGAUCGUUGAGCAAGCUCACACAUUUGAGGUGGAGGAAAGACAGCUUCAGUCAACAAUUGUUGGUCUGAAAGAAAUGUUGGAGAACGCAUGGAAUCAUCUCAUGGAAGAUCGAGUUGGUAUUAUGGGUUUUUACGGUAUGGGGGGAGUAGGGAAAACAACUCUUAUCACACAACUCAACAAUAAGUUCAGUGGCAUGACAUGUGGAUUUGAUUUUGUGAUUUGGGUUGUGGUGUCUAAAGAGUUACAAGUAGAGAAGAUUCAAAGUGAGAUCGCUCGAAAGGUUGGUCUUGAUGGAGAUGAAUGGAAACAAAAAGAGAAGCCAAAAAGCCAAAAAGCUGAUGUUAUAUACAAUUUCUUAAGGAAAAAGAGAUUCAUGUUGUUUUUAGAUGACAUAUGGGAGAAGGUGGAUUUAGUUGAGAUUGGAAUCCCGUUUCCAACAACACAAAACCGAUGCAAAGUGGCAUUCACUACCCGUUCCAAGGCUAUAUGUGCGCACAUGGGCGUUGAAGAACCAAUGGAAGUCAAGGCUGAGAACAAGGGUUAUGAUAUAAUUGGUAAUCUUGUUCGUGCAUCACUGUUAAUGGAGGUCAAAUGGUAUGGAACAAAGAAUGUAUGUAUGCAUGAUGUAGUUCGUGAGAUGGCCUUAUGGAUUGCAUCUGAUUUAGGAGCACAAAAAGAGGCUUUCAUUGUGCGUGCAGGUGCUGGGUUAAGUGAAAUGCCAAAGGUUGAGAACUGUAAUGUUGUGAGAAGGAUGGCACUCAUAAAGAACAAGAUUCACCAUCUCUCUAGCAGUCAUGAAUAUCUCGAGCUCACAACUUUGCUUCUACAAAAAGCAAAUUUGACAAAUAUCUCGAGUGAAUUCUUCAAGUCCAUGCCAAGACUAGCUGUUUUGGAUCUAUCAUAUAAUGGAAAUCUGUUUGAACUGCCGUAUGGAAUAUCACAACUAGUUUCCUUGCAAUAUCUCAACUUGUCAUAUACAAGUAUACGUCAUUUGCCUAGGGGUGUGCAAGAGUUGAAAAAGCUAAUUCACUUGGAUUUGGAGGAGACAGAUAACCUUUCAAAUAUUGAUGGGAUAUUAUCAAGUCUGCACAACUUGAAGAUAUUGAAUUUAUCUCGUGCUGGUUUUUCAUUGGAUUGCAACAUACUGGAGGAGUUGCAAACCUUAGAACAUUUAGAAAUUUUAACCAUAGAGAUCGAUCUUCAACAAGGUUUGGAACAAUUUUUGAGCUCUCAUAAGUUGACACGUGCAACAAGAAAUCUAACGAUCAGGGGUAUGCAACUUGAAUCAUCUGGUAUCUCACUUCCAAUAUCUAUGGAGAAUCUACGUGAAUUCAACAUUGUAUGGUGCAGUAUCUCUGAGAUAAAGAUGGGAACGAUAUGCUUGGAGAGCAAAACGGUUUCUCCUCUAGACAAUCCGAGGACCUCAUGCUUCUUGAGCCUCUCUAAAGUGAUUAUACUAGAUUGCAAAUGCGUGAUGGAGUUGACGUUACUGAUGUUCGCUCCAAAUCUUAGAGAUCUCUCAGUUAAAUCUGCAAAAAAAUUAGAAGAUGUAAUAAACAAAGAGAAAAGUCGUCACGGUGAAAAAUCAGGGAUUGUUCCUUUUCGAAGGCUGGAAUUUCUUUUGUUGGGUGAUCUACCAGAGCUGAAGAAUAUCUACUGGAAUUCUCUACCUUUUCCAUGUCUAAAGAGAAUGGAUAUAAUCAGAUGCCCGAAUCUGAAAAAGCUUCCACUGGAUUCCCAAAGCGGCAAGCAUGGUGGAAAUGGAGUAAUCAUAAGAUACACAGUUAAAGAAUGGAUUGAAACUGUGGAAUGGAUAGACGAAGCUACAAAAACCCGCUUCUUACGUUCAUGCCUACACGUAUCUGAAACGCAGAAUCAAGACAAUCAACCGCAUUCUUCGGUACCAACCUAGGCGGAAUGGAUCGAACUCAGAAGUUCACAUAUAUCUCCAAUGCCCGCUUGUAUUGAUUAAUUCAAUUGGCUCUUUGUUUAAUAUUUGUAAAAGCUCUAAAAGCUGUGCUCUUAGUAGAGCUAUAUAUUACAGUAACAUAUGCACCCUAAAGACAAGAACCAAAAUAUCAUCAUUUAACAAUUUUGAUCGAAGAACAGAACACAGACAGAAUGUAGCUGGAGUUAAAAAAGAAGGAACCAUGUCGUGAAAGGUUACAAAGGGCCAUAUGUAAAAUAAAUAAAAUCACCAUAAAGAUAAUUAACAAGGAUACGACUACAAAAGUCAAAUUAAAAAAAAAAAA